CCAUAGAUACAGGCUCCUACAACAGCUCUCCUCUAGCACCGGUAGUCCGCUGACUUCUCCGGGCAAUGACAGCUCCUGCAUGAAGCAGCUAAUGUUUACACUUUCAAUUUCCCACCAGAACGUUCUACCGGAUGGUUGCUAAACAGGCUAUUCUUCAUCAUUGGAUUAACGGACAUCCAGCGACUGCUUCGCUCCGACAGGCCGGAGAUUUGUGUCGCUGGACAGGGAGGAGUCUCCGUUAUUCCACCGUUGGCUGGAGGAUCCAGGCCCAGCAUGUCUGCUUUUUAAUAUUACAGCUACCUGCAGAGCCGAGGCUAUACACAAGGACGCAAAUGCGCUCUUAGAAGAUGGAUGUGAGUGCUGGCAGGGACAGCACCUGGAGGAGAACAGCACGAGCUGAAGAUGAGGAGGAUGGAGGAGGAGCAGGAGGAGGAGGCAUGGAGGCUCAGGUUGUACCACUGGAGCUCUACGAUUGUGCCAGGUCCAAAAUAGAAGCUAACCUACGCUGGUUGUUUGCUAAAGCCUACGGCAUAGAUAACAUCCCUACAGAUCUUCGGGAUCCAUUUUAUACAGACCAGUAUGAGCAGGAGCACAUCAAGCCCCCCAUCAUCAACCUGCUGCUGUCUGGAGAGCUCUACAGCCGAGUGUGUGGGCUCAUCCUUCCAGCUGAACAGGCCGCCUCCCUGCAAAGCCACCAGUCUGUCAUCAAAGCCCUCUCUAGGAAAGGAAUCUAUGUCUUGGAGACCAACAACACGCCAGUGUCUGAUCGGGAUCUCAGCUCCUCUCCUAUUAAAAUGAAUUCCCACGUCCACCUGAUCGAUGCUCUGAUGAUGGCCUAUACGGCAGGAAUGAUCAGCACAGAGAAGGUGGUGUCGUCUGUGAAGCGAUUUUCAAACAUCACUGCCUCCAAGGAGCUUCCUUAUGACCUGGAAGAUGCUAUGAUCCUUUGGAUUAACAAGGUCAACAUGAAGAUGAAGGAGCUGACAGAAAAAGAGAGUAAAAUGAAGCAGCACCUCAUGGAGUCACCAGGUCACCAUAAGUCCCCCUCCAAAUGGUACUGGAAGCUGGUACCUGUACGGUACCGCAGAGAUCAUCUCUCAGGUCGCACUCUUCAGCACUUCCCCUUGUUGGAAGACUUAUUGAAGGAUGUGAGUGACGGCACAGCCCUGCUUGUUCUGAUCCACUUCUAUUGCCCGGAUCUUAUUAGACUUGAAGAUAUCUGCUUGAAGGAAGUUCCCUCCAUAGCAGACAGCUUGUACAACAUCCAUCUGCUAAAAGAGUUUUCUGUUGAAUAUCUGAACCAGUGCUUCUAUCUGAAUCCAGAGGAUCUUCUCUACUCACCACCUUUACUGAAGAAUAAUGUGAUGGUCUUCAUUGCUGAGCUUUUCUGGUGGUUUGAGAAUUUGAAGCCAGACUUUGUUCACCCCAGAGACCUUCAGGAGGUCAAAGAUGUGAGAGUGCUGCUGCAGCCCAGAAAUUCACGGUCUCAUGUACCCAUCUCAAAUGUCACCAAACAAAGCUUCCUGCCAACGUCAAACUCAGCUGACAUCUUCAUCACAAACCACAGCAAUGAGCCAAGCUCUAACUCACCGUCUAGCCCAUCUCAGUCCUUACCGCCCCCUAGACGGAGACAAGAGAACGCUGUUGAGAGGGGCCCUUCAGGUUUUGCUUCUCAAGAUGUAAGAAACCGGCCAAACUCCACUGUGCAAACAGAUGGACAGCGUCAAGACUCCAUAUUGGCAUGGCCAGAAAGAAGGGCGAGACCUUUGUCUCAGCCAAUGCCGUAUGCAGUGCAUUUUGCCAAAGAAGAUAAUGAGGACAGCAUUAGCCUCGCUCGGUCCAUCAGCAAGGACAGUUUGGCCUCUAACAUCAUGAGCAUGACCCCGAAACACAAGCUAGGAUCAGUUCUGCCUCACAGACUCAGUGGCCAAAGCCUUCUCAGUCACAUGCGCAUAGAGGACGAAGAAGAGGAAUUUGAGGAGGAGGAACUGGUUGCUGUCAUUCAUCCAUCCAAUCUUUCUCGACGUCGAAUCGUGAGCGAAAUGGAGCAGGAUGAACUGGAAGCACAGAUUGGACCGUCAUUCAGCAGGGUUUCUGAUGGCUCUCAUGUUGCCCGUCAAGACUCAAGUCCAUUUGCUCAUGACCAUCAGGCGGGAGGUUACUAUCUGGAACCUUUAAUACCAACUGUCCCAAAGCAAGCCAAGGAGAAGGGUAUAUCAGUGAACAAGCAGGAGGAAAGUGGGGAGAAUCACUGCAGGGCAGUAGCAGCAGUGAAAAAAAACCCUACAAAUAUACCAAACUCCUCAAAAAGGAAGUUCCCCGUGGUUGAUUCAGUACUCACUUCUCCCAGGCCCCCUGUCGAGGGGUCAGUUGAUGCCCCCCAGUCUCCAGGCUUUUUUCUUCACUUGGGGGCUGAAUCAGAAAAGCACACUCAUAUCUCAGCUGUCACAGAAGCAGGGCAAGACUCUGACUCCGACAUUGCUGACCUCGAAGAAGACGAUGAGGAGGACGACCAGACAGAGCUGGAGAAGACUUUGAGGGUGAAUCGUUUAGACAAGAGCAACAUCGAUGAAUUUGGAAAUGGAGAAGUUGAGUCGGCAAAGCUUAGAGAGGACUUGAAGGUAAGCGAGCAUGAGGAUAAAGAAGAUGCAAGCGGACGUUCAAGCCCUUGUCCCAGCACCGUGUCAUGGGCGAGCAGCUGCAGCGCCUCGGGUAGCAUAGGAGUCAAAAUGACCAGCUUUGCAGAGAGAAAGCUUCUUAAACUUGGCCUUCGUGAGGGAUACUCAAGUACAAGUAGCUCCCAAAAGACCACACCUGAUGGGUCCGAGAUUCCCCCUCCAUGGCAUGUGAAGGAUUCUAAUCCCAUGUUGGGGAAGAAUAUAACUGCUGGCUCUUUUGUUCCCUCAGAGCUGCUUCAGCUUCACAUGCAGCUGGAAGAGCAGAGACGUUCAAUAGAAUAUCAGAAGAAGAAGAUGGAAGCCCUGUCAGCUAAGCAGAGACUAAAGCUUGGAAAAGCUGCAUUUUUGAACAUUGUAAAGAAAGGUGGAGGAAGGAGUGACACACUUCCUUUACCCCUAAAAAAGCCCAAGGAGUCUACUGGAUCAACAUCUACAGAGAGGAGGAAAGCAAAGCCGCAGUCAUGUAAAGAUGAUUUAUGUCUCGAUGCUCUGAAAAGUCAAACAGAGGGACGGCCGAUAAACAGAGACAAGAGCUGGAACUCUCUUUCUCAGGAUAACAGUCCUGAACCAGAUUUCAAUGAAUGCUCCCACUCUAUAGAUCUACUCAAUCAAGCUAUCAGCUCUAUCCAGCAACAGAUGAUGCAGCUUUCCUUGCAGCAAGAUUUUCUGAUGAAACAAAAUGUGGUCUCACCACCAGAGCAUGCACAAACAGAUAAAAGCACAGACUCCGGGAUAGAUCCAAAUACACCCCAAACAGUAUCCUCUACCUCAGACUCUAAAGCCUUUGCAGCUCACUUUGUAGAUAUCGGUGGCAGUAGUUCGAUGCCUUCCCGCCGUCCUCCCAAACUUACUUCCAGCCAACGAAACAAAGUAGAGCGCAAACAAAUGAAAGAAAAAAGCAAACCGGCUUUAAGUAAGUCCAACGACCCGCUCCAGGUAAUCACGACUUCUUCACGGGAAUCUAAUGAUGAAGAACUGGAGACAGCCAGUGCUGCUGAAGUACAGAGCGUUCAGAGGGGUGCUACAUUCAGAGUGCAUGGAAGCACUGAAAAGGGAAGUGCGCACUCUCCAGGCAAACUAAAAUCCCAUAACUCGCAAGUUAUGUUCAAGACAUCUGAAUCUGCAUCACUGGAAGCAGAACAAGAGGUGGACCAAGCAGCCAACUACAGCAAACAGAAUGACUGUGCCGAUGAGAGCGCCAGGAUCAAGAGUCAGCUGAUCGAGGUGGACCUGUCAGAGCUAAAGGAUACAGUGGAGGAUGCCGGCGCAGAUGUCCUAGAAAGCUCAGCAGAAGCUGAGCAGAAAGGUGUAAUAGGCUUCUUCUUUAAGGAUGAUGAGAAGGCAGAGGAUGAAAUGGCAAAACGCCGUGCCGCCUUCCUCCUCAAACAGCAGCGCAAAGCUGAGGAGGCCAGACUCCGGAAACUGCAGCAAGAAGCAGAAAGUGAGAUAAAACGUGAUGAGGCUCGACGGAAAGCAGAGGAGGACCGUAUUCGUAAAGAAGAAGAGAAGGCCCGUCGAGAGCUUAUCAAACAGGAGUAUCUGCGGAGAAAGCAAGAAGCUCUUAUGGAAGAACAGGGUCUCACUAAGCCUCGCACCAGGACCAAACCUCGGAGGAACAGACCCAAAUCCAUGCAUCGGGGAGAAACCAGCAGCCUUCCUAAAGGAUCCACAACUCGUGAUUCUCUGAAGGUGUCAAUGUUAAUCAAAAACCAGAGUUCAGGAGCAGCCUGCAGGGGAGCUGAUCUGAGCUUCAGUCAUCGAGGAUCAACACUGUCGUUGGUGACUGAUGCAGACAGCGUCAUCUCUGGUGGGGCAGACUCAAACAGGGCUGCAUCUGUGUGUUCUGUGGAUUCGUUCCCUAUGCUGAGCAGGGCAUCCAGCAGGAACAUGGACCGAGACUGGGAGAGCGCUUCCAUAGCCUCAUCAGUCAUUUCAAUGGAGUACAGUGGUCCUAAACUCUUCAAGGAACCAAGCUCCAAAUCCAACAAGCCAAUCAUCAUCAAUGCCAUCGCCCACUGCUGCCUGGCUGGGAAGGUUAAUGAGGUUCAGAAGAACGUUAUCCUUGAGGAAAUGGAAAAGUGUGAAUCCAACCACCUCUUCAUCCUCUUCCGCGAUGGCGGGUGUCAGUUUCGAGCCAUUUACACAUACUCACCAGACACCGAGGUGAUCGUCAAGUACACGGGCACAGGGCCGCGCACCAUCACCGCCAAGAUGAUCGACAAGCUGUACAAAUACAACUCAGACCGCAAGCAAUUCACCGUGAUCCCCGCCAAGACUGUGUCCGUUAGCGUGGAUGCUCUGACCAUCCACAACCAUCUGUGGCAGAUCAGGAGACCAGGGAGCGCUCGGAGAAAAUGAGCAAAAAUGACACUGUUUGUGUUUAAUAAGCUACAGUUGGGCAGGACCCAAAAAAAGUACAAACUUGAAGAAGAUUGAUGGGAUUAGAAGGAAAGUUAGAUGAUCUAUGGCAGUGUGAGUAUUUAGCACCCACUAACUCACUGUACUCUGUCUUUUCAAUUCGUUACCUUUUAUUAUGCAUGGUACACCUAUUUUAAUUUUAUCAUAAUCCAAAGCCACCUACCGUAGUCUUGUCCCGCAAAAUCUCCUUCCAGAAGCAAACAUGCUAUGCUACUGAUGCAAAGUGCAGCUUUAGGCAGGCUGUGAUGUACCAAGUCAGGACUUUAAAGUUUGUAAACUCAGCUUGGCAUUUAAAAGCAAAAAAAAAAAAAAAAAAAACAACAACUACCGG